CAGCGCGUUUCUUUUGAACCUUCAGCAAAAUUCGCUGCGUAGGAGUGGUAAAACAUCAUUUUGCAAACAGUGGCCAUGAGAUUGCCGUCAUUCUAAGCACUAUAUCGACUCUCGCCGAAUCAUUCUAGAAGCUCAAGACAUCUCCACACACAAAAAAAAACAUGCCUAUUAAUACUCGCGAGCUGAUGGAGGCCGUCGGAACCCUCACGGAUAAGGAAGGUAUGCGGGUGACGCUGAAGAGCAGCGCCAAGGGGGCGGCGGUAUGCGGUGCCAGUUGCUUCGUCGGAGGCCUGGUCGCUGGUCCCGUAGGGUUGGCCGUCGGCGGUACGAUCGGAGCCAUCAGUGCCGGGUACAUGAGCCGCGGUCGGUUCCGCCCGGUCAGUCACAUCAUCAUGCAGGAAAUGUCCGACCGGGAGCGGGAGAAACUGAAGGACCAUCUGGUGGCCGCACUGUCCGAGUUUCAUCCAACCGACGUGGCGAUGUUGUUGCCCCUGCUGAUGGGCAAUGCGGCCGCUCAGCGAGCGGUGCUCAGUACGGUGGCCUCGUUCAUUACCAACGAGAUGCGAAUGCAGAUCGUCGAUUGACGACGGCGGCCAGGACGGGGGUGAUUCUCUAGUGGUGCAACUAAGGUAAAAUUUAUUUGUGAUAGGAUAUUUUUCAAUUGUUAUAAACCAAAUAACGACGGAUGGAUGCAUGUGGUGUGGACUAUUUUAUAACGAAUAAAACGGUUCGAAUGGAUAGGUUUUAGAAAAAAAAACACUUUCUGUACAA